UACCACAUCCAAUAGUGCUACAUCUACUCGUCACUCUCAGUUAUGUUCUAAUCUGGAAUCCGCGCACAUCUCAUCAUCCCAUAACAGUUUUGCUCCACCAUCUUCAUUUUCUCAGGAAAUGGGAGAAAAAGGAUCAUCAGUUCAAACUCUUGGUUUGGAUCACUCUAGAACAUUGCUAGCCAAAACCCAACAGCCUUUACCUUCAUCUUGCUCUUCCGUCACAUCCGACAUGACUUUUAUCACCAAAACUCCCACACCUUUGCAUCCUGCUCGAUCUGACAUCAUAGCCCAAGAUUCAGAUGACCCUACCGCUGUUUGGUUACUUGAAGUAUCCUGUAUGGAGUAUGAUUGCUAUGAGAGACGAUAUGGAGGAGAAGACGCUGUUCAACCUCUAAUUCCUCUGGCACCACCCACUCACACUGACUCAUCUGUAUGUUCAUCUGAGACCUUGGAUACCAAUACUUUACUAGCAUCUAUUCCCAUACAACCUGCUUCCCAUUUGCAUCCUACGUGUUCAAACUUGCCUUCGUCUCCAUCUGUUCCUUUUAAAACAUUGCAGCAAAACCCUUUCAUGUUGAAUGGAACUGCUUCUAAACAGGAAUUCCAGUGUCAGGAAAGUGACGGAACUGGACUCGGCCAGAGCAAUGCUGCACCAUCAAGUACCGAUAUGGGCCGAGAAGUUGCACUGCGGCGUGAAUAAACUCAUUUAGUCUUU